CUCGCUGUUCUGCCAGAUGACUCGGUGCCCGCUGUCGAGCUUGAUGACUCGGUGCCCGCUGUCCUGCCAGAUGACUCGGUGCCUGCUGUCGAGCCUGAUGGCCCGGUGCCUGCUGCCUCGCCUGAUGGCCCGGUGCCUGCUGCCUCGCCUGAUGGCCCGGUGCCUGCUGCUCCACCUGAUGGCCCGGUGCCUGCUGCUCCGCCUGAUGGCCGGUGCCUACUGCUCCUCCUGAUGGCCUGGUGCCUGCUGCUCCUCCUGAUGGCCCGGUGCCUGCUUCUCCUCCUGAUGGCCCGGUGCCUGCUGCUCCGCCUGCU